UUAGCGGUAAGGUUUGUGUUGAUGAAACAGCGUAAAUUGAUAAAUUGAGCAGAUGUAGUGCGAUUUAUAGAAAUGAUGUUUUGACGAUUAUACUUUAUAUCUGGUGAAGUGGUAGAUAUUUCAGCGAACAUGUUAGUUGGACUAAAAAAAAAAAAAAAAAAACAGCAGUGGACUGUAUCAACAGUCGUCAUUGUGUGUGUCAAUUAGUCAAACACUUCUUGUGUAAAUUUGUUUUAAUUGGAUGAUACAAACAUGUCGUGUCACAUCAUUAUGGAGCAGUUCGUCCAUAGUUAUUAAAUACAGACCAACGCUAGUGUGAGAGCAUGAAUAUUGAACUCAGAAUCACAGUCAAUCCCCAUGUCCCCUCCACCGUAUUGGUGGUGCUUGAGCAUAUUCUACAUAAAGUAUGUAAUAAUGCAUCUACGAGGAAAACAGUGAACAUUGGACUAAUGUGUUUUGAAUGAUGCCUUUGUGGCAGAGGAAAGACGUGGGAGCUCUGAAGAAACCCAGUGAUCUAGAAAUGCCAGUAGGUGGUACAGAGGAUCAAAGCAGCUCCACAUUGUCAAACCCCAACAGUGCUACCAACUUACAAGAGCCAGAGAUAAAACAGGAACAUGGGUACAAUGGUGAAAGUCUGGACUGUUCCUUUCCAAGCACCAGUGGUGCUGAAAAGCCGUCAUUUUCCUUUACUGAAGUGGCAGUGGAGGUGUCUAAAAAGGCACAGCCCUCAUUGCAGAUUGACAGGCAGCAGAUUCAGGCAGUGGAGAGAAGUGACCAAGCUGCAGAGCUGCAAGGGCUGGGAGUUGACGUGUAUGACCAGGAUGUGUUGGAACAAGGGGUGCUCCAGCAGGUGGACAGAGCAAUAAGUGAAGCAAACCAGGCUGCCAAAAGAGCAGAAGCUGAAAAGGAGUAUGAAGAGCUUUUAGAUGAAUUGAGGUCAUGUUCAGCCGCUUUAAAGCAUGUCAAUAAGAUUAUUGAACAGCUUGCUCCUCAUGCUGCCACCAGCAAAGAUAUCCAUCGAAAAAUUGAGUCUGUGAAACGACAGAAAGAAAACAAGGAGAAGCAGCUUAAAAAGAUAAAAGCCAAACAAAAGCGUCUCCAUGUGGUUCUCGGCGGUGAAGAUAGUGAGAACAUUGAGGCUGAAUUACAAGAUGAGGAGGAUGAAGAGCCGGGACCCUCCUGCCUUGGCAGUAUGUUAAUGCCAGCACAGGAAACAGAAUGGGAGGAACUAAUUCGGACUGGCCAGAUGACCCCUUUUGGCACAAAGAUUCCCCAAAAGCAGGAGAAGAAGGAGCCCCGAAAGAUCAUGCUUAACGACAUCUCUGGCUUUGAGAAGUACCUGGCAGAUCAGGACAAGAUAGCGGUGGAAAGAAAAAAGCCACAUGUCGGCAAGAUGGCAAAGAAAACGACUGGGACCAAAGCUGACCACAAAAAGAGGACCUCCCAAGAGAAAAGCAAAGAAAAUGGAAAAAUGUCAAGCAAAGAUAAACAGCUGAAGAAGCGCUUGCAGAGGUUACAGAAUAACGCACUGAAAAUGAAAUUUAAAGCAGGAGUUAAGGAAGAGAAGCAUGUGCACACCCCAAAAAGCAAGUUCAAGGGAGACCACGGAUCUGAGAGUGAUGAGUCAGAGUAUGUGCCAAGUGAUGAGUUGUUUGAUCCAGAGAAAGAGGAUGAGUUAUAUAUUGAUGGUGAUGAAGAAUUUGAACUGAAACCAUAUGCAAAAAAGAAGCAACUUGCUGCAAGGAAACCAAAAGAAGAAAAUGAUUCUGAUUAUUUUCCUAGCAGUUCGGACGAUGAAGACCCCAAGAAAAAGAGUCACAUGAAAAGAUGUAAAGAUGACGGGAAUAUUGAGUUGUAUAAGCAAAGAAUAAGGAGGUGGAAGCGGCAGAGACUCAGAGAGAAAGAGGAGCGUAGAGUGGCAGGUGAAGAAGACUCUGAAGACAGUGAUGCAGAGUUUGAUGAAGGCUUCAAAGUGCCCGGAUUCCUCUGGAAAAAGCUGUUUAAGUACCAACAGACAGGUGUCAGGUGGCUAUGGGAAUUGCACUGCCAGCAGGCAGGAGGAAUUCUGGGAGAUGAGAUGGGAUUGGGUAAGACCAUCGAGAUAAUUGCCUUCCUGGCAGGCCUGAGCUACAGCAAGAUCAGGACGCGUGGAUCGAAUUACAGAUAUGCUGGAUUGGGUCCUACUGUGAUUGUCUGUCCAGCCACAGUGAUGCACCAGUGGGUUAGAGAGUUUCACACAUGGUGGCCUCCAUUUAGAGUUGCUGUCCUCCAUGAUACUGGCUCUUUCACUAGUCAAAAGAACAAACUUAUCCCUGAAAUUGUGGCCUGCCACGGGAUUCUGAUCACCUCCUAUUCCUACAUUCGGAUUAUGCAAGAUUACAUUCAGAAAUACGACUGGCACUAUGUGAUUCUUGACGAGGGGCACAAAAUACGUAACCCAUAUGCAGGUGUAACAAUUGCAUGUAAACAGUUCCGCACACCACAUCGCUUCAUUCUUUCUGGUUCUCCAAUGCAGAAUAACUUGAAAGAACUCUGGUCCCUGUUUGAUUUUGUUUUCCCAGGAAAGUUAGGAACACUUCCUAUCUUUAUGGAGCAGUUUUCAGUCCCUAUUACUAUGGGAGGAUAUUCAAAUGCAUCGCCAGUUCAGGUGCAGACUGCAUAUAAAUGUGCUUGUGUUCUACGAGAUACCAUAAACCCAUAUCUUCUUCGAAGAAUGAAGGCAGAUGUUAAAAAAAAUCUCUCCUUACCAGACAAAAACGAACAGGUGCUCUUUUGUCGGUUAACAGAUGUCCAGCGCCAAGUCUACCAAAACUUCAUUGAUUCCGGUGAAGUUUAUAAGAUCCUGAAUGGAGACGGAAAGGUUUUCUCUGGCCUGAUUGCCUUGAGGAAGAUCUGUAAUCACCCUGACCUAUUUUCUGGUGGCCCUAAAAUCUUGAAAGGAAUGCCCGACGAUCAAUUAACAGAGGAAGAACAUUUUGGCUUCUGGAAGCGGUCUGGAAAGCAGAUAGUGGUGGAGACUCUGCUUCGCCUUUGGCACAAGCAGGGCCAUCGAGUGUUGCUCUUUUCACAGUCAAGACAGAUGCUGGAUAUCCUGGAGAUAUUUGUCAGAGAAAACGGCUAUUCUUACCGCAAAAUGGAUGGGACCACAACAAUAGCUUCAAGACAGCCUCUUGUAAGAGAGUACAAUGAGGAUACCUCCAUAUUCGUGUUCCUUCUUACCACCAAAGUGGGUGGCAUAGGUGUGAACCUGACUGGAGCUAACAGGGUUAUUAUUUAUGAUCCUGACUGGAACCCUAGUACAGACAUCCAGGCUCGUGAGAGAGCCUGGCGGAUAGGCCAGGAGAAGCAAGUGACUGUUUACAGGCUUCUGACAGCUGGGACUAUUGAAGAGAAGAUCUACCACAGACAAAUCUUUAAGCAGUUCCUCACAAACAGAGUGCUUAAGGACCCAAAGCAACGGCGUUUUUUCAAGUCCAAUGACAUUUAUGAGCUUUUCACACUGAGCAGUCCUGAUGGCUCCCAGGGAACUGAAACUAGUGCCAUCUUUGAAGGCACUGGUUCAAUGGUCGAGGUACCAAAGAGGCUUAAAAAAGCUAAAAAGACGAAGCCAUCAACACCAACCAGAAACUUCCUUAAGCAAAAUACAUGCACAAGUCAACACAAAAUGAGAGAAACUCUGGAAGUGUCAUUGUCUGAUAAAGCUGAAAAUGUUGGUGCUAAUGGUUCUAAAGUGACUAUGACAGAACAUGAAAAUGUGACCAUUGCUAAUGAAAAUGGCAGCUACAACGAUGGUUUUAAAGAGGAAACCAAUACUUCAGUUAUUGAACAGGCUUUGGCUUCUAGUGAUAAUUGUGGACAGGCUGCUGAUGUGCCAUCAAACAAUGUACAGAACACAAUAAAACUGCACAGUGACCCAGACAAAAUCUGUCCCCAGAAACAGAAAGAGAAAAAGAAGCACUGUACAGCUGAAGGAGAGAAACAGCUUUCAGAGGCAGCAGCGCACAAGCACAGAAAAUAUAAGCGUUCAGAAGAUGCCAGGUUUGAAGGGCACCGCAUACCACAUUUAGUUAAAAAAAGAAGGCACAACAAAGAUGAUGACACUGAAGCUAAUGAAGAUCGGAAAAAGAGUGAUGAUUAUGUCUUGGAAAAACUUUUCAGAAAGUCAGGUAUACACAGUGUGAUAAAGCAUGAUUCCAUCAUGGAGGCCUCUAACCCAGACUAUGUGUUAGUGGAAGCAGAAGCUAAUAGAGUGGCCAAAGAAGCUUUGAAGGCACUGAAGGUCUCACGGCAGCGUUGCCUGGGAGCGUCUUCUGGCGUGCCAACAUGGACUGGCAACAACAGUCUACCGGGAACACCAGCUGGUGGAAAAAAAAGGUUUGGUCAGAAGAAAAACCCUAUGUUGGCUGUCCCAACUUCAGUUACCACAACCACUCCAGAGAAAUGCAAGGAUGCUUCCUUCAUUAAGAAAUCUGGAGUGAAGAAACAUUCUUCUGGUGAUCACUUUAGCGGGGAGGGAAUAGAGGAAGAAUCCAGUUCCACUGCUCUAUCUUCAUCUGCACUACUGGCAAAAAUGAGAGCCAGGAACCACAUGACCCUGUCCCAGGCCAUUGAAGACGAGGAGGAUCAGAAUAUACAGCAAGCAUCUUCAGCACCACUGGCUCCAACUGAACAUGAUGAACUGCUGGUGGACUUGAGGAACUUUAUUGCAUUCCAGGCUGAGGUGGAUGGACAAGCUACAACUCAGGAAGUACUGCAAGAGUUCAGUCCAAAGCUGUCUGCUUCCCAGGCAGUAGUUUUCCGAGAAUUGUUAAGAAACAUUUGUAACUUCCAUAGGAAUCCUGGUAAAGAGGGUGUUUGGAAACUUAAACCAGAAUUCAGGUGACUUUUCUAUGCAGCUUUGUUUGUUGUUGUUUUUUUAAAUUAUUAUUACAAGUGUUUUACUGGCAAAUACUUGAAACUGAGGCUGCAUUCACACUGGGUCCAUUUCAAACAAACUCGGUUUGGUUCAUUUUGUUUGAAACAUGGUAUCAAUGUGCUUGCUGCACACUUAUAAAGAUAAAGUUCACUUUUUUUGGUCCCCUUCCAUUAUUUUCAGGACUGAGUUAAUUUGUGUUCACAAUGCAGAUUUCAAGUGCACUCGGCUCUUUUCUAUGGUGUGUGAACCAGAUGUUUACAAUAUCCUAGGCAUAUUGAAAGAUGACAGCUGUUGAUAUAGUGCUCCGGUUUUUAAUAUAGCAUGUUUUAGAUUCUUACAUAUUGCUAGGUGAGCAUUUCACUAAUUUAAUGAAUACAUUUUAAGUCUUAAGAGUUUAGUCCAGUUCGGCAAGAUUGUGGUGUCUAACCAAAUUUUCUACCAGAGCUUCGGUUUCUCCCACUGUCCAUGUAGUUUAGGAUUACCAGAUUUCCACAGUGAAAAACACGAAGGUUAUUUUUUUCUUCUUUAAUUUACAGUAUAUAAAAUAACACAAUAAUAGUUUAAAAAUGAAACAUCAGGUGAAUUUAUUACAGAUGAUAACAACUCAUUAUUUUCUUAUGUUGUCAUCUAGUCAAAACAUGUUAAAG